AUGUUACUCUGCCUGCUCGCGCUCCCAUCCCACACGGCGGACGCACCGCCAAGCGCCUACGGCGAGCCCGCCUCCAGCGCGCCGCCCACCACGUCGUUCCUCUCCCGCACGCUCGGCUCGGGCAUGGUCCUGCAGCGUGCGCCACAGCGUGCCGUCGUGUGGGGCCACGUUGCCGCUGGCACGACUGUCUCGACCACCAUGACGGGCGGCGGCGCUCACCAGCUGCUCACCACCGUGGCGGGCGGCGACGGAAUCUGGAGACAGGCGCUCCCAGCAGUGCCCGCCUCACCAACGCCUCACAAAUUGGCCUUCAAAGCGUCCACUGGCGAGACGGCCGCAAUCGAGAAUGUGCUCUUUGGCGAUGUGUAUCUGUGCGGCGGGCAGAGCAACAUGCAGUUCUCGAUGCCCGUGAUUGAGAACUCGACCCAGGAAAUUGCGCGUGCCGAUGGGUACCCUCUAGUCCGCCUCUUCACCGUCGGCCAGAAGACCAGCUCCAAGGUGCCACUGCCCGACCUGCAGACGGUGGAGCAGAGUUGGUCUGUCGCGAGCGCAAAGACGGUCGCCAACAGCAAGGGCUUCGGCUACUUUUCUGCGGUCUGUUGGAUCUUUGGUCGCGAGGUGUUCGACGCGCUCGGCGGCCAGACGCCCGUCGGCCUGAUCUCGAGCAACUGGGGCGGAACGCCCGUCGAGAGCUGGACGACCCCGGAGGUGCUCCGGUCUUGCAACCUGAGCACGGUCGACAGCACCCUGUACAACUCGAUGAUCCACCCGUACACGGUCGGCCCGAUGGCGCUGGUCGGCUUCGCUUGGUACCAGGGCGAGGCCAACGUCGAUGAGCGGCGCGGCGACGAGGGAGCGGCGCGGUACGCGUGCACCUUUCCCGGGAUGAUCCGCCAGUGGAGGCGCUCCUUUGCGCGGCCCACCGCCUACUUUGGCUUCGUGCAGCUCUCCACGUGGUGCGGCAACGGCGAGCUCAUCGCCGAGAUGCGCACCGUCGGCCAGAUGGCAGCGCUCGCCCUCCCCAAGGUGGGCUACGCGACCAACGCCGACCACGGCGCCGGCUGCAACAUCUACCCGCCACCGAAGCAGUACUGCGGCAAGCGGCUGGCCAACUCGGCGCUCGCCCUCGAGUAUGGGAGGGACGUCGCUUGGCGCUCUCCCUCCUUCGCGUCGCAGGUCGCCUCGGCGGCGCCACCCUCCGUGAAAAUCUCCCUUUCCGACGUCAGCGCCGCCGGCUUGCGCGACGACGUCUACCCCUUCAACUACCUCGGCGGCGCCUUCAACUGCAGCGCGCAGGCGGGCAAAUGCGCGUGGGCCGAGCUCCUUCUCGCCGACGGGUCGUGGGUCAACGCGACCCUCUCUCUGGCCGGCGGGAGCGCCCUCACCCUCACCGCGUCACCCGCGCCAGCCGCCUACGCCGGCGCCCCCCUCGCCUCGCGGUACGGCUGGGGAGCAGUGCCGAUGCUUAGUCUGUACGACCGAGGAACCGGCUUGCCGGUGCUUCCCUGGUUCCCCGGCCUCUGCUGCACGUCGCGGCCAUCCGAGCAGACGUGCUUGGCGGCCAACUGUCGCUGGUCACACGAGGGCUGCAACAUCGAGCAGGAGGACCGGGCCACGUGCAGUGCGAUCGGCGACUGCGGCAAGGCGUACGAGGCGUGCUGCGCCGGCUUUGCCGCCAAGGGGUUCCCGUGCGGCUGCCACCUUCAGGACGGGUCGGGCGCCGCGGGCGCAGGCUGUGGCGACUGCGGCACCGCCUUCUCGGCAUGCUGCCUCGGCUUCAAGGCGAAGGGCUACCCGUGCAAGUGCGAUGUGCACUAG